UCACCAUAAACUCCAAUCCAAUGAUCUUUAACUUUUUAUCCAAGUUCAUGAACCUGCACUCCUAUAAAUAUCACUCUUCCCUCUUUGUUUUUGAAGUUUCAAAAUUCAUUUCAACACCUGCUUUCAAAAAUUAAAAAAAAUAAAAAACCUUACUCAACUCUUUUCUUUCUCUCCAAACACAGCACAAGACACGAAAACAUUACGGCCACAACAUGCACGGAGAAAGUACCUACGAUUCCGAUUUGGCCAUCUUAGAAUCCAUUCGCCGCCACUUGCUUGGAGAAUCCGAUAUAUGCAUAUUCGGAGCCCCGAUUUCUAAUUCGGGUAACCCGCCGGUUUACGUUCGGAGCUCCAGUUUCAGCAAACUGUACCCGUGUCUGACUGACAAUUGGGGCGAGCUUCCACUCAAGGAAGACGAUUCAGAGGAUAUGAUGCUCUACGGCGUGCUUCGCGACGCCGUCAACGAGGGGUGGGUCCCAUCUCUCGAUUCAUCGGGUUUUCUUCCCGUCAAAUCUGAACCGGAGCUUUUCCCGGCAGUGCAGAGCCCACCGGAGCGGGUUGUUCCGGCUCCGGUGAUUCCUAAGGAGGAAGUCAUGCCGGCGGCUGCUCCGGCGAAGGGGAAGCAUUACCGCGGCGUGAGGCAACGGCCGUGGGGGAAGUUCGCGGCGGAGAUUCGUGAUCCGGCGAAGAAUGGAGCUAGGGUUUGGCUCGGAACGUUUGAAACGGCUGAGGACGCUGCGUUGGCUUACGAUCGGGCUGCGUACAGGAUGCGCGGGUCGCGUGCUCUGCUGAAUUUCCCUCUCCGGGUUAACUCUGGUGAGCCAGACCCGGUUCGUGUGCCGUCGAAGCGGUCAUUGUCUUCUUCUUCUUCUUGUUCGUCGUCGUCAUCGUCGGAGAGUGGUUUGACGGCGAAGCGGAGGAAGAAGGUGGUGGGGCCAACGGUGCCUGUGGUGACUGCUCAAGUGGGAUUAAAAACAGAACAAGUGGAGGAGUCAAGUUGCAAAGUGCACACGUGGAGAACAGUUAUUGGUGAAUUGAAGGCUGACGUGGAAUGCAACUUGCUUAUGUAAUUAUCUUAUUCUGAGAGAUGAACACUCAACCAUCCAACAAAUUUUGGAAAUUGGAAGCUGUUACAAAAAUAAUGCACCAAGAAAUUGAGAGAUGGAUUGGGAUGGUGACUCUAGUGGGAGUGGCACAAUCAAAAGGGAAAGACACAAUCAAAAGCCUUAAAUAGGAAUUAAAGAAAACAAAUGAAAAAAAAAACAGCUAGGGGAUGUUUUGUUUGGGUUUGUGAACAUAAAAUUUGUUAUUUUUUUGUUCAACAUUUGUGAAUUGUGUUACAUGAUGAAGCCUGAACUCUUUGUGCCCAAAUUGACAUGCUCCUUCCAAAUAAAAUUUUCCCACUUUAGAUGAUAAAA